GUGUGCUGUCAUGGCGGCCAAAGUAGUGAAGAUGGCCAGUGUUGUCAGUGACUCCAGUGACGACGAAGACCUUAAAAGAUUUCAGGAGGCAGUGUGGGACAUAAAGAAAAGUGGUAAUGGAAAUGUGAAACAAUCCAAGCGAGUUGUCGUUGCUGACCAUGAACACGAUGGUAACGAGCUCCAGGUCACCGAGGGAUUUCAAACUCAUGUCGCCAAAAAGCUGGGACAAUUUCUUGACAGUCACUUUUCAGAUAUCCAGACAGAGAUAUUAAUUUGUAAGACUACAGAAUCCGAUGAUAAUGAAGAAGGGUUUCGUCUAUUCUCUACCUCAAUCCCAGGACAGCCAGCAGAUGAUCCACCUCCUCCGGUACAACGUCGGCCUAUUCCCAGCUCAAGUGACAGCGACAGCGAGAUGGAAAUGAGGCUGAAGGAGGCAGCAGUGUCAUUCAACCAUCUUUUGCCCUCCUCAUCAGCAGCUGGAACUCCCCACUUAGAAAAGAUCAAGAAGUCUGAUGGUGAAGAGGACAGCCUUCCUAAGAAGAAGAAAAAGAAAAAGAAGAAGAGACGGGUAGAUGAUGCAGGCAGCACUCAGGUGGACUGUGAUGGCUCUUCUGGUGCUCAAAGCAACACGGCGUUUGCAGCCUCACAGCAUGAACACCACCAAGUCAAACGGAAAAAGAAAAAGCAACAGAAUGGCAAUACAGAAGUUUUGAACUGAGACUUUAAGCAUGUUUCUAUCUCCAUUUGUGAAUGUAAAUGUAUUUUUUUUUCUACAAGCCUCAAACGAAGAUGGUCAUAUAUCUUUACUUAUAGUAAAUAGUCAUACGUUGACAGUAAAUUUAUGUAAAAAAAAAAUUAUAUGCCCUUUUAAUACUAUUUCUCAUACAGUUCACAAAAACAAUAUUUAAAAAAAUGAAAAAAAAAUGCAUGUAAUGUUGAGUUUACAGGUUCUAAGUGAACAAGGUUAUAAAAAAGUAUUUAAAUAUACAUUUUGGUGUAAUUUUUCAUUCAUUUUCUGUUUGUGUACAAAGCAAAUCAUCUCUAACAGUGAUCCUUCUUCAUGUAAUAACCAUGUUACACAUUUUGAAGCCUAAAAACCUUUUGCAAUCAUCAGAACUUGCUGAUGCUUCAAGUCAGCGGCCACCAAACAAAACUGGAGCACGCCUACUGUGCAGUCGAGACCAUUUGUGUAGGAAUGUAGGAGCUAAUGUCUGUUGGUGAAGGUGACAGGAGGUGAGACUGGUGGCUCUCUGCUUGGGAGGCAGGAUACAACUCUGGGCUCUGGCUUGAUGCUGUUGAAAAGCAAGACAUGCAUCAUUUACAUGCGUACAGGACAUGCAUCAUACCGACCGCUGUCAGGCUCUACAACACCUGCACCACCUGAAGCAUGUUGUAGUCACUAUGUAUUCUUUAGUUGCUUAUCUUGCUUGCUGCUGUAACAAGUGAAUUUCCCUGCUGUGGGAUUAAUCAAGUACAAUACAAUACAAUACAAUACAAUACAAUUUAUCUGGGCCAUUGCACUAGAGGUGUAACAAUUCAAUUUAAUAACGAAUCGAUUUGUAUCACGAUUCGUGGUUGCCGAUAAGAUUCAAGAAUGAUAUUGGUUCAUUUAGCAUGAUCCGAUCCGAAACGAUUCAGUAACUUUAAAUCGAUUCAGUGAGUGUUUAGCCAAAUAUUCAAUCACUGUGACUGAAAUAAAUACCUGGAUACUGGACAGUGCAGGUGAAGUUUCCUAAAUUCCCGUUGUUUUUUGUGAGGUAAUCUGCUAUAAAUGAUUAAUAAUGCUGACAUAUUUAAGAAUAAAUGAUCAAUGAGAAAAAAUGCAAUUCAGGUUGAAAAGAGGGUGGUAUAGCUUGCCAUGGUUAAUUCCAUCCGUUUUGUAUCCCGCUUGUCCUCAUUAGGGUAGAGGGGGUAUGCUGGAGCCUAUCCCAGCUGGCUUCGGGCGAGAGGCGGGGUACACCCUGGAUUGGUUGCCAGUCAAUCGCAGGAGAAAACCCACGCACACACGGGGAGAACAUGCACACUCCACACAGAGAUGCCCAAGCGGAGAUUUGAACCCAUGGCUUCCUGAUCUCCUGUCUGUGUGGUCUGUGUGGUCCCUCGGCCACCGCCACCAUGAUUAUUUACUUUAAAUAGUGCAAUCCAAACCUGCACUUUGCACCCAAAGGUGAGGGACAUUAUGAAAAUUCAUCAGCAAAUGAAUGAAACUUUCUCACCUGUACGGGACAAUGGAAGCAGGUGCGUUUUUAGGGCUAAUAAUACUCCUGAUCAGAGAAGCCAUUUGAAAGAACAGUGCAUCAACUAGCAAGAAUACACUGACAGAAGUUUUUGAAAUAUGUAAAAUCAAGUCUGUGAUUAAUUCUGUCAGAUAAAACAUGACUUGAACUUUAAUUUGAUACCCCAUUCACUUCUCUACCCCAAUUAUUAAAGAAGUUAAAGUAAAUUUCAAACGGGAAAAUAGUGCCUUUGGUUCCCAUUGCUUAUGUAACCCGCCUGCUUCACACUGCCCGCUCCAUGGCUUGAACACAGGACCUUCGUAAGGGGAGACGAGCACUGACCGCACGGGCAAAAGCCCGAACUGUCGACUGCGCGUUCAGCUCUUAAGGCAGAGGGAGUGAGGUUUUACCAAUGUACACUUGCGCAGCCUCACAGGCUAACAUCCAUCCAUUUUCCAUGCAGCUUCUCCUCAUUUGGGUCAGAAAACCCACGCACACACAGAAAUAACCAAUGGAGAAUCAAACCCAGGUCUUCCCGAUCUCCAGACUGUGACUGUGUGGCCAACAUGCUAACCACUAGACCACCAUCAGGCUAGCAUCCGUUACACUUAAAUCCAAUGCUUCAUUCCUAGUAUCGAUUCAAUCGAUUUAUUACCUAUUAAAUGAUGUUACAUCAAUAUAUAUGUCGUCCUGAAUGGAAACUUGAGAACCCAGAUCAAUAUAGUUAUAAAGAAUAUAAAUCAAUGCCUUGAUGUAGUGAAUGAAUCGUUACACCCUUAACUUGCACUAAUGUACGCUACAUAGAACACAGUUACACUUAAGGAACUCUUCAUGAUCAUACCCCAGAAAUUUAGCAACAACACAUCUAGUGUACAAGUUAAAGAAGUACAAAAUCAGGAAAUGUUGAGCAAAAUCAAAUUAAUAGGUAAGGGAUGUUUAUCCAAUGUCAAGUGACACAUGGCAUUAUAAAUGCAUCAUUGCUUUUCUGUCCAUCAUCUUGCAGUCUAAUACUUGCAUGUAUUUUGGUUGAGAAAAAGCUAGUUAAACAAUCCAAAAAAAUACAUUUUGCUCUUCAUAUGUGUUGAGCAAUGGCUAUGAUAUGCGGGUUAAAAAAAGCAAAACAAGAAUAAUACGUUAAGAAGAUAGUAGUUGUACUCAACAGCAGGGGUUUCCAAAGUCCCGAUUUAGCUCAGUGUACUCUCUCGCUAUAGGAACUAAAAAUCGUAUUAAUUUUUAGAUAGAUUAAUUUUUCUCAAGCUGCUGUGCCUCUCCUGAAAUCUUCUGAUGCCUUAGGCCCAAUUUGCACACAAUGCAUUUGAUUUUACAUUUUGACGGCUUACAAGAAAUCAUUCAUUCAUAUUAUACUGCUUAUCCAUGGCAGGGUCAUUGAAUGGGCUGGAGCCUAUCCCAGAUGACUUGGGGCAGACUACACCAGUCAUCUUUAUUAAGAAUCUGAAUCUGCUACAACAGAAACCAGACCAGAGGUUCCAUAUCAUCGUGUAACCUGCAUUAGCAGCUGCCUACCUGGUACGGGUGUGUGUGGCUGAAGGUGCAGAGAGCUUUCUUGCAGUGAAGGGUCUGUGUGCUCUUCAGGAUCUGCUGAUAGAAUCUGUAAAAAAGAAAAUGGUAUUUCAGAAAUUCCAGCACAAUGGGAUCAUUAUCUUGGACACUCACCUGUCUAACAGAUGCGAGGCUGGUCAGUGUGCCGAGGCUGUUGCUGUCAGCGAUGACCAUGGCCUGAGACAGCAGACUAGAUGAAGGGUACUGAGGCGAAUCAGUCUUGUUAUACACUGUCAUGAAAAACAGGCACAUUAAGCGUCACUCUCCACAAAACAUGCUUGCC